AAAAUGUAGUGGAAAUAUAGAUGACAUAGUUAUUUGUUACUUUGGUGAUACUACGUCAGUAUUGUAUUAUAUUUUGUGUCGUCCCCCCCGCCCCUUCUUUUUGAGCUCCCUGGUGGUUCAUGCAGUUUCCAAUUUCUAGCGGGAGAAAAAGGAAAUUAAAUAGAGUCACUGUAAGUAUAGUUUUGUAGUAGAAUUGCCAGAAGAGGGGAAUUAUAGUGGGUCAUUUUCAACGGGAUUAGAAUAAUGAGAAUUACGUCCAGAAAUGUUGUUUUGUUCAUAAGACGUGGAUAGUUAAAACUAAACAUACAGUUUGCUGUUCCAGUUCCGCCUAAUGUAAAAACCACUGGGUUCCUGCCAAAGACAAAAUGAGUGCCAUUAAAAACAUCCUGAGAAACAUUCGAAAUGAAUUUGAAUCAGAUUCAAGGGAUGAAAUAGAUUAUGAAGCUGCACCCACACAGAAGUUCCCGCAGAUUUCACAUCAUGAGACUGAUAUCUCAUCAAUUACGAAGACUAGUUUCUUGGAGGAUGAAGAUAGUAAUCUUUAUGAUAACCCUCUCCACAGCACUGCACUGGGGGAUGAGCAUAGUGCACAGAAGAAACAUGAAGCAGUGUCUCACAAUAAGCCAAAGAAAGAUAAGGCAGUGUCUAAGAAAAACAAAGGAGUUACUAGCAAGACACUGAGACCUGUGGCAAAGACACAAAAACCAACCUCACGCUCACUGAAGCGUCUUUCUGAGAAGCCGGAAAGAGAGGAUAGUAGUGAUUUGGAAAGUGAAGCCUCGAUCAAAGAACCUGAUCCUGUAGACAAUACCCUGCCGUCGGAGGCACAGACAGAUGCCACAGAAAAGUCUGAUCUAGAACAAAGCAGAGCAAAGGCAGGGAAGAAGUAUGCUGCUGUGAGCAAACCCAGAAGGCCGUCUCCCUCUGUAGAGGAAAGCUCAGAUCAGGAAGAGUCUGAAUUGGGUUCUCAGAGUCCAGAUUUAUUGUCACAGUCACAGAGGGUUGCCAGAAAAAAGUCCGGACAAGUACAGAGCAGAGCAAAGGCAGGGAAGAAAUCUGCUGCUGUGAGCAAGCCCAAGUCUCCAGGAAAGCAGACAAGGAGAAUGUCCCCAGGUGUAGAGGAAAGCUCAGAUGAAGAAGCUUCUGACCUGACCUCGCCAUCGCAGGCACAGACAGAUGCCACAGAAAAGUCUGAACUACAACAGAGCAGAGCAAAGACAGGGAAGAAGUAUGCUGCUGUGAGCAAACCCAGAAGGCCGUCUCCCUCUGUAGAGGAAAGCUCAGAUCAGGAAGAGUCUGAAUUGGGUUCUCAGAGUCCAGAUUUAUUGUCACAGUCACAGAGGGUUGCCAGAAAAAAGUCCGGACAAGUACAGAGCAGAGCAAAGGCAGGGAAGAAAUCUGCUGCUGUGAGCAAGCCCAAGGCUCCAGGAAAGCAGACAAGGAGAAUGUCCCCAGGUGUAGAGGAAAGCUCAGAUGAAGAAGCUUCUGACCUGACCUCGCCAUCGCAGGCACAGACAGAUGCCACAGAAAAGUCUGAACUACAACAGAGCAGAGCAAAGACAGGGAAGAAGUAUGCUGCUGUGAGCAAACCCAGAAGGCCGUCUCCCUCUGUAGAGGAAAGCUCAGAUCAGGAAGAGUCUGAAUUGGGUUCUCAGAGUCCAGAUUUAUUGUCACAGUCACAGAGGGUUGCCAGAAAAAAGUCCGGACAAGUACAGAGCAGAGCAAAGGCAGGGAAGAAAUCUGCUGCUGUGAGCAAGCCCAAGUCUCCAGGAAAGCAGACAAGGAGAAUGUCCCCAGGUGCAGAGGAAAGCUCAGAUGAAGAAGCUUCUGACCUGACCUCGCCAUCGCAGGCACAGACAGAUGCCACAGAAAAGUCUGAACUACAACAGAGCAGAGCAAAGACAGGGAAGAAGUAUGCUGCUGUGAGCAAACCCAGAAGGCCGUCUCCCUCUGUAGAGGAAAGCUCAGAUCAGGAAGAGUCUGAAUUGGGUUCUCAGAGUCCAGAUUUAUUGUCACAGUCACAGAGGGUUGCCAGAAAAAAGUCCGGACAAGUACAGAGCAGAGCAAAGGCAGGGAAGAAAUCUGCUGCUGUGAGCAAGCCCAAGUCUCCAGGAAAGCAGACAAGGAGAAUGUCCCCAGGUGCAGAGGAAAGCUCAGAUGAAGAAGCUUCUGACCUGACCUCGCCAUCGCAGGCACAGACAGAUGCCACAGAAAAGUCUGAACUAGAACAAAGCAGAGCAAAGGCAGGGAAGAAGUAUGCUGCUGUGAACAAACCCAGAAGGCCGUCUCCCUCUGUAGAGGAAAGCUCAGAUCAGGAAGAGUCUGAAUUGGGUUCUCAGAGUCCAGAUUUAUUGUCACAGUCACAGAGGGUUGCCAGAAAAAAGUCCGGACAAGUACAGAGCAGAGCAAAGGCAGGGAAGAAAUCUGCUGCUGUGAGCAAGCCCAAGGCUCCAGGAAAGCGGACAAGGAGAAUGUCCCCAGGUGUAGAGGAAAGCUCAGAUGAAGAAGCUUCUGACCUGGAAUGUUCGAACCCAAAAAGCAGCUCAAAGUCUAUUGGGAAGAAGAAAAAUAAACCUUCAUCCACAUCUUCGGAUGAAGCUGGACCCUCCAAAAAGGUUAAGAAAUCACCAAAAAAUAUCACAGAGCUUGAUGUGGUGCUGGAUGCAUUUCAAGGUUUUGUGUCGGAAUACAAGGAGACUGUGGAAUCCAGUGUGUGCAGAAAGGCAAUAGAAAGACUGUAUAACAAGGUUUCUGAUCACCUUAUUGAAACGAUAAGUGAAGUGAAGGAGUGCACAGAACUAAAAAAGAAAAGCACAAAGAUUGUGAAUUCUAUUAAUAAGAAAAGAAGAAGCCUGAUUGAAGUCAAAAGUAACUUAAUAAAGAGGGAAACACAUCAGAGAAAAGUGCAGAAAGCAUAUGAAGAGCUGGAAGAGAGAUAUGCAGAUCUGAAGAGUGGCAAAGUUUUUUUAGACGACUUCAAGGAUCUGCAGAGUCAGUAUUUGGAGCAUAGAAAUAACAACCCUGGAGAGAGAGAAACGUAUGGUCUCUCCAGUCUUCCUUCAUUACUGCUGGAAGCACGAGGCGUUUUGGGAGCAGAAGAACAGCUCCAGAAUAUCAACUUUAAACUACAGCAAGCUAUUGGAAAUUAGGCAAUAACUAAACCAGACCGUGUGUGUCUCCUGUCUCUCUCUCGCUCCCGCUCUCUCUAAUUUGUUUUUGUACAUAUUUCGAAGGUACUAUAAGCCAAGUAAAAGUUUUUAUUCAUAUUUAUUUCUAUGAUUCAUAAACACCUUGUGCUGCACUGUUUGCAGGAGUUUGCCCUGUUUAGUUAAGAGAAUUGAUCAGUUCAAAAAGAGGAAUAAGCAUGUGUGCAUGUAUCUGAAACUACAUUUAGAGAAUGUAAGCAGAAUUUAGUGACAAUAUUUUGCAAUAAAAACAUGUAACAAACCAUUGAGUCUGGCCUGCUUGGCAUAUGAUAAACAAGAAAGAAUGUAGAUUAUACAGUAAAGCCAUUGUUAAAAUCUAGAAAAAGUGGCACACUCCUCAAAUAGUG